AUGUCUUCACUGUCCAUAAUACUCCUAAUUGCUACGCUCGUCGAAGUCUCCGUUUCCUCCUGCUUCCUCCCCAAUGGAACUGCGCUUGACGACCGAUGGGCUCAGUCAUGCUCACCUGACCCCAGAAAUCCACUCCACACAGUAUGUUGCCAUACGAAGUGGGAAAAUCCUCCUGGUGGAGACAUUAUCUUAGGACCAACGGCAGAUGAAUGUCUUCCAAACGGGUUGUGCCAAAAUCGAGGCUGGAGCAGUGUUGAAGGGGACAAAAAACCUCCAUGGACACACUACUACAGGGUUUAUUGCACAAAUCAAGACUGGAGUGGGUGUUUGGAUGUUUGUAAUAUCGGUCUUGCUGCAGACGACGUUGCCCAAAUUACGCCCUGCGAUCAAUCAGGCACUUCCGAAAAAUGGUGCUGCGGAAAUUCAACGGACUGUUGCACGUCUGGCAGCGCCUCCGAGAUCGUUAUAAUUCCACGGGCGCUUGGCAAUCUCACCUCAGGGUCGCUUUCGCCUCCACCAGGGACAGACACCAAUAAGAACAACGCUCGUAAAAGACGAAACAUGAGGAUCGGAGCCGGAGUAGGAAUCGGCUUUGGAGUACCAGCGCUUGGAGUUAUCAUUUGGUGGUGUCUUUGGCACCGGCGCAAGACAAACAAGGAAAAUUUGGACCCAUCUGAUGAGAUCUCUCUUAGACAAACCGAAACUCUGGGAACGCGGCAUGCAGUAAUUGGACGCUCAGAUACUCACGGCCAAAUUUAA